UUGUGAACAGUAUUAGAACAGGAGUAGGGACUUACAUUGCAAAGAGGAACAGCACUUCCACAUUGUGUUCCAGUAUUAUUAUUUCUUAAGUACAUUUACUGGAAAUAUAUUCAUAAACUCACAAAGAUAAAGUUUCCACAAUGCUGGCUUCACCGUCACCAUUGAAAACAGCGUUGGCAUCAGAAGUCUUUCUGUGGCCAAAUGAAUCUUCUCUAGCUGUGCCUUCAGACAAAUGUAUGCACGGUGGAGUGUCUGGGGAUCAGCGCGUCAAGGAACAAGUCAUGAUGACCGUUAAAAGGCAUAAGUCGAGGAGUUCAACUUCAAGUCCAGGUUACAGAGGUUCAAUGUAUGAUACAAUGGCAGAUUAUAACAACAUGAACUACAACAGCAAUGGUAAUCAAUAUUCGAAAUAUCAGAGUGCAAACUCAAUAGGAUAUCAGUACAAUGGGACUCUAAAGAAAGAGCAACAAAGGUUUAGUUCUCAUAGUCAAGCUGACAACUGGGGUCAGCACCGCCAUAUGUCCUAUGGGUCACCUCUUAGUCCGGGGAGUGAUUUUGACUAUAAGCAGACCCUUAAAAGUAGCCGAAGUGAGCCAGACCUGACAGGACCCGAUGUAAGGUCUACACUAAGACGCCAGAACCAGUAUAAUCAAAUGCAGAAUCAAUACCACCAGCAACAACGUUCCGGAAGAGCUCACAAUGCCAGCUUUUACAGCUACCACAGCACUCAGCAGAAGAAACGGGGGCCAAUGACACCAGCCCGAACUCCAUCUUCACUUUCAACUGUGCAGCAGCAACAACAUCAGCAACAACAGCAGCAAUAUUGUUAUAACACCAAUGCACAAAGGAAUGAUGCAAACUUUCAAAACUUCCAUUUUCCAAAACAAGACAAUUACGGAACCAUAAAUGUACCAUCCAGGAUGGAUGCACGGUAUGAAUUUGAUGCAGGGGCUAUGACCUUGGACCGAGCUGUGGAACUAUUGGGAUGCCCUGAUGACAAAUUCCAGACAUCGGGAGCCAAUUUCAUACAGCAUGCAUGUUAUCAGGAUGAAAACUCCAAGAAUUUGGUUUACCAAAGCAAUGGAAUAUCUAAGCUAAUCAGCCUUCUCCAGAGCCCCAAUGAAAAUGUGCAGCAAGCUGCAGCAGGAGCUCUAAGAAAUUUAGUUUUCAAAAAUGCUGCAAAUAAGCUUGAAACAAGUCAGAAAGGCGGCACAAGAGAGGCUGUCUCACUUCUGAAGAGGACCUCUAACCCAGAUAUCCAAAAGCAACUUACAGGCUUACUUUGGAAUCUGUCUUCUACGGAUCAGCUGAAAGAUGAACUGGUUAAAGAAGCUCUUCCUGUUCUUAAUGAACAUGUGGUGAUCCCAUAUUCUGGUUGGUCUGACCAUUCUAUGUCUAAUCAGAACUGUAUUCCAGAUCCUGAGGUCUUUUUUAAUACCACUGGCUGCUUAAGGAACCUAAGCUCUGCAGAUGAUGGUCGCAAAGCUAUGCGCAACUGCCCAGGUCUUGUGGACUCUUUGAUGUGUUACAUUCAAAAAUGUUUGGCUAAUAAUUGCCCUGAUGAAAAGUCAGUUGAGAACUCUGCUUGUAUCCUACAUAACCUGUCUUACCACUUGGACUCUGAAGUACCAAAUAAGUACUCACAGCUGAAUGAGAAAAUGGCCCGUCACCUGCAAAAUGAUAAGACCUCUACUGGCUGCUUCAGCAACAAGAGUGACAAACUGCAGAAUAACAAUUUUGAGCUGCCCCUACCAGAAGAAGAUGCUAACCCUAGGGGCGCUGCACUUCUGUCUCACUCCAGUGCUAUUCGUACAUACCUUUCUCUACUGGGACAGAGUAAGAAGGACUCAACACUUGAAGCUUGUGCUGGGGCACUCCAAAAUCUUACAGCCAGCAAGGGGCAGAUGUCCAAUGGAAUGAGUCAAAUCAUUGGGUUACAAAACAAGGGGCUUCCCCAGAUUACUCGUCUUUUGCAGUCAGGAAAUGCGGAUGUUGUGAAGACAGGAUGCUCUUUGCUGAGCAACAUGUCCCGUCACCCACCUCUUCACAAAACUAUGGCUACCCAGGCUCUCCCUGAUGUUUCACGACUCCUGUCUCAGUCCUCUGGAAAAACAAUGAACUCUGAAGAUAUUCUGUCAUCUGCUUGUUACACAAUGAGAAACCUUGCCAUGGCUGAACCUCAGAUAGCUAAACAAAAUAUUUCAGCCAACCUCCUGGGAAACUUAGUCAAUAUGUGUAAAAGUGGAGCCUCUCCUAAGAUUGGAGAAGCAGCCCGUGUCUUCCUGACUGACAUGUGGGCUCAGAGGGAACUGCAGGGAGUUCUUAAACAGCAAGGUCUUGACAAGAGUAUGAUGGGAUCCCUAGCAAGCACAGCACUCAGGAAUACUAUACCACGGGUCUUUAAUUGAUAACUGACAAAGUAUUUUAGAAUUCAAGCCUAUAUGAGAAACUCAUCCAUGGUCAACAAUAAUCUGAUUCUUAACAGAUGAGGAGUACAAUUGAGAUACAGGUACUGGAUCAGUUAUCCAGAUUGCUUGGGACCUGGGAUCUUUUUGUAAUUUGGAUCCCUUUACCUUAAGUAUAAAACUCAUUAAAACAUGAAAUAAACCCAAUAGCAUCAUACCACCAAAGUGAAUUCAAGCAACAUAGUUAUGAUCAAAUACAAGGUAGUGUUUUAUAACUACAGAUAAAAAUGAAAUAAUUUUUAAAUAUUU